AUGCGCCCCCCCCGGCUGGGGACUGUCAGGAGCGCUGAGCCCAGGAGGAGGGGGAGGAGGAGGGGAAGGAAGAGGAGGAGAGCCCCGGAGCCCCUGUUCCUCUGUAGGCUGAACCUGUCUUUCGAUGACCAUGGGGGAGUGGACCAUUCUGGAGCGGCUUCUCGAGGCUGCUGUCCAGCAACAUUCUACCAUGAUUGGGAGGUAAGACUUUCUUGCCACUCAUCACCAGUGUGUAUGUGUGUGUAAAAGUUUUUUUUCUUCUUAAUUUUUGUAUGUUUGUGUGAUGAUUGUGUUUUUCUGAUUGAAAGUGUGUGUGUGUCCCAUCAGUAGCCUCUAGUCUCAGCCUCCCCUCCCCUCACUGGCCCUCCCUGCCCUUCUGGUGCCCAUCAUUAGUUAAGGGAUAAGCUAAUUGCACAUAAUACAUAGCUGGUAUUACUAGGCAUUAGGGUUAAUUCAGCCGAGCUCCUGUGUUGAUUCCAACUAUUGGCCCUGGUAUUGAUGGAGGGGCAAUGGGGGAUCUCUAGUAGAAGAGGAGAGAGAGAGACAGACCAAGACAGAGGACAGAAAUGGAGGUGUGGAAGAGAGCGGAGAUGGAGUUGAAGGUGGAAGAAAUUAUUCUGAACUUGGCAAGGACGAGAUUGCUUCUUGUGUAAAUUGAGGCUGUCUACUGAAGUCUGGUUUUGUGUGUUCUCUAGUUACUGCAGUGUAGUGGUAGAAGGUCAUGCAUGAGCAGAUUGGAGUCUUAUUAGCAGUGGAGACAUGUAUUGAGGACAAACAUGUAAUAUCUUCUGGGGUGUAAAAAAUCUGCUUCAUUGUCUCUCGCCUGUAUGAUUAGUCAAAUUCAAAGUGUGAUUUUCCACCCAUUAACCACAAUGUGAGUUACUGGUAAACUGCACUCGCCCUAUGUAUGGAAUAAUCACACACAGAUUGCAGUACAGUGCAGUAGAGAAUAAAUCUAGUGUACUCUCUCUCUCUGUCCUUCCGUGUUGAGCUGGGGAGCUUGGCUACAGAGCUUGGCUACUUGUGUUAGCAUGGAGGCCAACUACACUGCUGUGCUCAUUAACCUCAACCCCAGGUAGUCCCCUGCAGCUAGGGCAACGCCUGACCUCCUCUCCCAUCCUUCUCUGUGUGUGUCUGUGUAUGUGUGUGUACAUAAUGUCUAUCAGAGUAUGUGGCUAUAUACAGUAGAGGAGAGUGGUGUAAGUCGUGCCAAAGGGUUAGUUGAGGCACCCCUUGUUUCUAGGAAACCAUACACAAAAUCAUGUGACCAAAUAUUUAGGAAGAGGUCGUCAUUUCAUGGAGUCUGUGAAGGAAGAAACCACAUGGAAAAAGUGGUAAGCAAGUUAGGUCCAAAAAACUGAUUUUCACAAAGUCAAAUUAAUUUACUGUGUUAUAAGUUUAAUGAUGCUUGUAUCUAAACCAAAGUAGAUAGUUCAAAUAAUGUUUUAAACAUCAGUUGGGGUCUCAAUAAGGUACAAUAUGAGGUCCUAAACCUAGCAUGAAAGUGCAUCCUUGUAGCUUUGUGGGCUAAUUUAGUAAAAAUGGUAGCUUUAAGGUAAAUUGUGCCAUCUGUCCAGGGGAAAGUUGAGCCUAUGGCUAAUCAAUAUACCCUAUACAAAUGAUGAUUACAUUUUGUCUGUUUUAUGCAUAAUAUGGAUAGUAUUUUGAAGAUACCUUGCAUUCAUGUGAUUAGUCAAGUUCAAAUUAUGAAAAAUGCCUUCCACAGUUGGGUUCGCCCCCCCUCUAGGCCACAAUUGAAGUGUUUUCUUCCCAGGUGUAAUGCAAGGCAUUAUCGCUGGGAUAUGAGGUUACACCAGGGCCUGAUCUUAUGUUGAAGGUGUUUUUAAAAAGUACAAAGUGUUUAAAAAGUUUACCCUGUCCCUAUACUCUAUUUACCCUGUCCCUAUGCUCUAUUUACCCUGUCCCUAUACUCUAUUUACCCUGUCCCUAUGCUCUAUUUACCCUGUCCCUAUGCUCUAUUUACCCUGUCCCUAUGCUCUAUUUACCCUGUCCCUAUGCUCUAUUUACCCUGUCCCUAUUCUCUAUUUACCCUGUCCCUAUGCUCUAUUUACCCUGUCCCUAUUCUCUAUUUACCCUGUCCCUAUGCUCUAUUUACCCCGUCCCUAUGCUCUAUUUACCCUGUCCCUAUGCUCUAUUUACCCUGUCCCUAUGCUCUAUUUAUCCUGUCCCUAUGCUCUAUUUACCCUGUCCCUAUGCUCUAUUUACCCUGUCCCUAUGCUCUAUUUACCCUGUCCCUAUUCUCUAUUUACCCUGUCCCUAUGCUCUAUUUACCCUGUCCCUAUGCUCUAUUUACCCUGUCCCUAUGCUCUAUUUACCCCGUCCCUAUGCUCUAUUUACCCCGUCCCUAUGCUCUAUUUACCCUGUCCCUAUGCUCUAUUUACCCUGUCCCUAUGCUCUAUUUACCCUGUCCCUAUUCUCUAUUUACCCUGUCCCUAUUCUCUAUUUACCCUGUCCCUAUGCUCUAUUUACCCUGUCCCUAUGCUCUAUUUACCCUGUCCCUAUGCUCUAUUUACCCCAUACCCGAGGUAAGUUGUGCCAAGAGACCACUUUUUUUGCUAAGCUAAGCUAAGUUUUCAAAACUGUUAUUAUGAAUUCUGAUUAUUUCCAAGGAUACACAACAUCCUGAAAUAUAUGUAGUUAUCUUUGUUAGAAAGAAUACUAUAUUUCCCUUGAUGUAGUGAUGCUGAAUGUAAAAAAAUUCUCAACAUACAGUGGGGAAAAAAAGUAUUUAGUCAGCCACCAAUUGUGCAAGUUCUCCCACUUAAAAAGAUGAGAGAGGCCUGUAAUUUUCAUCAUAGGUACACGUCAACUAUGACAGACAAAUUGAGAGAAAAAAAUCCAGAAAAUCACAUUGUAGGAUUUUUAAUGAAUUUAUUUUCAAAUGAUGGUGGAAAAUUAAUAUUUGGUCACCUACAAGCAAGCAACAUUUCUGGCUCUCACAGACCUGUAACUUCUUCUUUAAGAGGCUCCUCUGUCCUCCACUCGUUACCUGUAUUAAUGGCACCUGUUUGAACUUGUUAUCAGCAUAAAAGACACCUGUCCACAACCUCAAACAGUCACACUCCAAACUCCACUAUGGCCAAGACCAAAGAGCUGUCAAAGGACACCAGAAACAAAAUUGUAGACCUGCACCAGGCUGGGAAGACUGAAUCUGCAAUAGGUAAGCAGCUUGGUUUGAAGAAAUCAACUGUGGGAGCAAUUAUUAGGAAAUGGAAGACAUACAAGACCACUGAUAAUCUCCCUCGAUCUCGACGCAAGAUCUCACCCCGUGGGGUCAAAAUGAUCACAAGAACGGUGAGCAAAAAUCCCAGAACCACACGGGGGGACCUAGUGAAUGACCUGCAGAGAGCUGGGACCAAAGUAACAAAGCCUACCAUCAGUAACACACUACGCCGCCAGGGACUCAAAUCCUGCAGUGCCAGACGUGUCCCCCUGCUUAAGCCAGUACAUGUCCAGGCCCGUCUGAAGUUUGCUAGAGUGCAUUUGGAUGAUCCAGAAGAGGAUUGGGAGAAUGUCAGAUGGUCAGAUGAAACCAACAUAGAACUUUUUGGUAAAAACUCAACUCGUCGUGUUUGGAGGACAAAGAAUGCUGAGUUGCAUCCAAAGAACACCAUACCUACUGUGAAGCAUGGGGGUGGAAACAUCAUGCUUUGGGGCUGUUUUUCUGCAAAGGGACCAGGACGACUGAUCCGUGUAAAGGAAAGAAUGAAUGGGGCCAUGUAUCGUGAGAUUUUGAGUGAAAACCUCCUUCCAUCAGCAAGGGCAUUGAAGAUGAAACGUGGCUGGGUCUUUCAGCAUGACAAUGAUCCCAAACACACCGCCCGGGCAACGAAGGAGUGGCUUCGUAAGAAGCAUUUCAAGGUCCUGGAGUGGCCAAUCCAGUCUUCAGAUCUCAACCCCAUAGAAAAUCUUUGGAGGGAGUUGAAAGUCUGUGUUGCCCAGCGACAGCCCCAAAACAUCACUGCUCUACAGGAGAUCUGCAUGGAGGAAUGGGCCAAAAUACCAGCAACAGUGUGUGAAAACCUUGUGAAGACUUACAGAAAACGUUUGACCUGUGUCAUUGCCAACAAGGGGUAUAUAACAAAGUAUUGAGAGACUUUUGUUAUUGACCAAAUACGUAUUUUCCACCAUAAUUUGCAAAUCAAUUCAUAAAAAAUCCUACAAUGUGAUCUUCUGGAUUUUUUUUUCUCAUUUUGUCUGUCAUAGUCGACGUGUACCUAUGAUGAAAAUUACAGGCCUCUCUCAUCUUUUUAAGUGGGAGAACUUGCACAAUUGGUGGCUGACUAAAUCCUUUUUUACCCCACUGUACCCCACUCUCCCCUAGGCUACAUAGAGAGACUAAGAGGACAUUUUUGUAGCGCAAAAGCACUGUGCAAAGUGCAAACAUUACCAUAAACCUCAUUAUAAUCUGGAAGCAUAAUUUAAUUAGAAAUUUUUCUUCAACAAUGCGCAUUAUGAAUUAUGUAUUGCUCAAUUUACUAAACUUCAGUUACAUAAUCACCUAAAUAAUCAAAUUGGAGGUGAUUAUUUAACUUGAGUUUACUAAACUGAGCAAUACAUAAAUAGCCUCUUCAUAACACAAAUUGUUUAAGAAAAGUUUCAAAUGAAAUCAUGUUGCCAGAUUAUUAUGAGGUUUAUGGUAAUUUUUUCACUUUGCACAGUGCUUUUGCCCAUCUUCCGAAAACAUCUGAAAGAGUAUGUUAAAUAAUCCCACAGCACAUCACCUUCUCACCCCCCCCCCCCCCCCCCCCCCCCCACCCCACCCCCUGCUUUUGUGAACUAACACUCACUUACACUUCACUUCUUUUAAGAGCGUCUGCUAAAUGACUAAAAUGUAAAAUGUAAAUAACUAAAGUGGUAAUGUGAAAUGGUUGGCCCUAUAGUGCACCACAGAUUUUGGUCUCCUAUUUGAUGGCUGGAAGUUUGUACAUUUUGUCCCUCAGUAGCCUAGUUAGAUUCUUCUGGUUGCUCCUGCAGGUCGGUCGAUGCUGCUUGGGAGGACAUGAGGGUGUGUUGUAAAUGAUCCCUUAGUGUUUGGGCCAUGUUCAAUCUGUUUGGCCAACAGAACUGUCUGUUUGGCCUCUAGACAUUAGCAGUAACUGAUAUCUCUGUGGUGGUCCAUUAUGCCUGUCUGUGUGAACUUAGAUGCUUAUAGCUAUUGCAGCUACGGGACUAAGUGUUUAGAUACAUUCAUAGUGUAUACAGGUUGCCUGGCUACCCAGACUCCUUGCUCUAGGCAAACGCUAUGCCCACGGACGUUCGUUUCUUCUCCGCAAUGAGUCUGGAUCUGAGUACCUCCCCAACCCUUCACUGAAUGCGAACACAUUCGGGGCCAUCUGAUUGGUGCAGAAACCGAUGGGCUGGGCCAGAGCCAGAACACAUGUGGGUACAGCAGCGUUUUGAGAAUUCGUAAUUGGCCUUGAUACUCUGAUUGGUUAGAGAUGAUCCUAUCGCUGAUGACUUUGUUUUGUACAACGCCCCUCGUGCCCCUCGUCACCACAAAUGACUUCAAUGAUGGCGGUCUCAUUUCAAGUACUGUAUGUAGCGAACGACAGAGCAGCGGAAAUAUUUUAGUGUGUCGUCGAGCUAGUAUAAAGGAUGAUUAUUUAGGCUACUGUAAUGUGUUGGUGUAAGGCUGUGAAGUUGUGUUUCAUGUGGUCAGACUGCUAUUUCAGAGAAGUGUUUCUGGUAGACUCAUUAUACUUCAGGGUCAGGUCACUUGUGUUAUGUGGAAGGAUAUUUAAUUAGCAGUGGUCUGAUUAGAAUGCAUGUAUAUAUGACCGUUCUGGUAUAAUCCUGCUGACUAGAUUAUCUUCUGACUUCAAAUCAAGUCUCUUGCUUCCUCCUGCAGUCACUGUGGUGUAUACUCUCUCUGUGUGUUUGUCCUAACUGUCCUCUAUAACCUUUCUCCUCACACACUCCCCCUCUUUCUCUGCUUCCAUUUGAGAUACACAAACACACACACCUGUGAUCUCCCUUACAAAGCUGUAAUGCUUUGUAAGGGAGAAAUAAGCCUGGGGGUUCCUUAUUAAAUCAGAGUUAAACACCUUGCAGGUAAAAGAGAAAGGAAGUGUGUUGAUGCAUCAUUUUCUACACUGCAAUGCUGUUGUGGGGUCAGUGCCAGAGAGGAGGGGAGAGAGGGGAUAAUGGAGGACUAGGAGAUCAGGGAGAGAUGAAACAAUGGAAAUGAGGAGAUGGAUGGAUGGGGAGGAAGGGAUAAAGCUGCAGAGGCUGAGGAAAGAGAGGGGUUUGGAGCAUGAAUACACAUAGGAAGGAGGGAAGAGAGGGAGAAAAAGAGGGGAUGGUUCUAUGUGCAGACGAUCUGAGUUGGCAGCACAGGUUGUUAUCAUGAUCAGUGGCAUGCAGUGGUGGAAAAAGUACCCAAUUGUCAUACUUGAGUAAAAGUAAAGAUACCUUAAUAUAAAAUGACUCAAUUAAAAGUGAAAGUCACCCAGUAAAAUACUACUUGAGUAAAAGUCUAAAAGUAUUUUUUUUUUAAAUAUACUUAACUAUCAAAAGUAAAUGUUAUUGCUAAAAUAUACUUACAUAUCAAAAGUAAAAGUAUAAAUCAUUUCACAUUACUUAUAUAUAUAUUUUUUUACAGAGCCAGGGGAACACUCAAGACAUAAUUUGUGUUUAGUGAGUCCGCCUGAUCGGAUGCAGUAGGCGCCUGAUCAGAUGCAGUAGGGAUGACCAGUGAUAUUCUCUUGAUAAGUGUAACGAGUACUUUUUGGUGUCAGGGAAAAUGUAUGGAGUAAAAAGUACAUACUUUUCAUUAGGAAUGUAGUGGAGUAAAAGUUGUGUUUUUAUAUAUAUAUAUUAUAUAUAUAUAUAUAUAUAUAUAUAUAUAUAUAUAUAUAAUAUCGACGCAGAGACGAUCGAGAGACGAGAGAGAGAGAGAGAGAGAGCGAGGAGAGGAGAGAGAGAGCCAGAGAGCUCCAGCGGACUCGAGCGAGAUGAGCGAGAUAGAGAGCUCUGCUGCUUCUCUCUCGCCUCUCUCUCUCGCUCGCUCUCUCUCUCUCCUCUCUCUCUCUCUCUCUCUCUCUCUCUCUCUCUCGCUCUCUCCUCUCUCUCUCUCUCUCUCUCCUCCUCUCUCCUCUCUCUCUCUCUCUCCUCUCUCUCUCGCUCUCUCUCGCUCUCUCUCGCUCCUCUAUAUUAUAUGCUAUUCUUUCAUUUCCGUUUUUGUGCCCUUGGUGUUAGUGCACUGUCCAUAAUGAAUAUGUUACUGCUAGUUCUGUCUGUAUGCAUGCCUAUUUGUGAGUGCUAGUAUGUGAAUGCACCAAUUUGUAAGUCGCUCUGGAUAAGAGCGUCUGCUAAAUGACGUAAAUGUGCCCUUGAGCAAGGCACUUAACCCUAAUUGCUCCUGUAAGUCGCUCUGGAUAAGAGCGUCUGCUAAAUGACUAAAAUGUAAUGUAAAUGUAUACAUAGCAUGUGAGAUCAUGACCUUGUGUAUACAUGAGUCUGUGAGCAUCGUGUGUGUGCGCGCGCAUUUGUGUGAUGUGUGUUUUCUCAGUUCAUCUGGUGUCAGUGCUCAGGGCCGGUGUUGCCCCUGGAGGCUGACAGCAACAGCUGCUGUGUGGAUGAAUGUGUGUGAGAGCCUCUGGGAGAGCCAGGGCCUGCAUGUCCAGCCAACUCACCAGCUACUACAGGAGCUACCAUAGGACCUAACACUGGAGCUAUAAACACACAGGUUAGACAGCCUACACAUCAGCUAAACUGAAGUAUACUGUAGAAGCAAUACAGGACAGCUACAGAGCAUUUAGAGGCUAUGCAUAAAAUGCAUUGGCUAUAAAGCCUUCAAGGCCAUACAAUACUACCAACACACCAUUUCAAGUAUAAACCAUUUUCACAUUGCAGAUAUUUCAACAGACACCGGCUCUAUGCUCAGUGUACUGGCUGUUUCUACCUUUCAGCAUAACUUUAAGAGCUCUAGUAGCCUGCUCCGAUUUAUGAUUAUGACAUCAUCCUAAAUCCAAAGAUAGCUUUUGAGACUCAAUUAUCCACUUGGGCUGCAAUCAGACAUGCUCUUUAGCUGGAUGAGCUAAUUGGGUCUCCAGUUAGAGACCUGGCUGUGGUGGAUCGCCUGAGGCUGCAGGGUGGUUCACAUCACAUUGCAUACCAGCCAAGAACGCCUUCAUCACUGGUACAUUCAUCUGGACAGGCUGUUUCUAUAGUAACUCACAACUGUGUAUAAGCACGCUGGUUGCUGUGUAUACUCAUUAUGAGCACUGAUCAAAUGCAAUACAUAUGCAGAUCUGAAGAUGUUAAACCUUGAAAAGUAUGAUUUCGUCACUUACGUCGAUCCUGUGGCUUUCUAGAGCUUCGUUUAUACCUGGCGCUAACAUGCAUCGUUGGUCCUGAACUUGUCUAUAUUCUGAUUGUGCCACAUUUUCAGAUAUGCAUCUACACAUGGUAUUAAAAUGUGUCUCUCAUCCGUCCACUGUGUCCGCAUUGAGACCAAAAUUCCUGGUCCCUCCCUGUAUGGAAAUUAUUUACAUUUACAUUUUAGUCAUUUAGCAGACACUCUUAUCCAGAGCAACUUACAGUUAGUGAGUGCAUACAUUUUCAUACUGGCCCCCCGUGGGAAAUGAACCCACAACCCUGGCGUUGCAAGCGCCAUGCUCUACCAACUGAGCUACAGGGGACUACUAUUUGACAGAUAUUAUUUCUAAAAUAAUAUUUAUGUAUUAAUUUUAAGACACAUUGAUGACAUAAGUCAAUGGUGCCAUCUGUAAAUGAUUUUAAUGCGGAAUAAUGAUGAUUCAAAUGGUUUCACUGAGUACGUUUACAUGCACAGUAAUAAUUUGAUGUUAAACUGAUUAUGGCAGUAGGCAGAUUAUACAAUAGUCAUGUAAACACUUUACUCUGCUUAUCUUAAUCGGCGUAAGGUCAAAAUCGAAGUAAGCAUAUGCCGAUUAAGACGUAGUUUUCUGAGCAAUCUUUUGAAUUAUUAGGACAUGUAAACACCUUAAUUGACAUUCCAGCUGUGUAUUUGAUCUGCACAUGUGCUAGAACCAGAUGAGCGAGCCUCCCUCUUUAGCGUGAGUGAAGUGAGUUCAGAACAACUGAAUGUAUGCGUCUUAUAAAGUGUGUAUGUGAAAACUAAUUCUAUGUCCGAACUCAAAUAUGUUUCCCAAAAAUAACAUGGUUGCUGUGGUAUAACUUUUAUUUUGAUUGAUGAUUUUCUGCAUUUAUCAGAGUGCCAUCAGGGAGCCUGAUUUCAGAUGUGUCCAUGUAAACAAGAUUUUUAGGGAAAUCAUUCUUCUUGCAAAGCAUGUAAAUGUAUUAAAUCGAACUAUUAUAUUAAUCUGACUAUCCACAAUAAUCUCAUUAUUGUGUGCAUGUUACCAUACUCACUGUCCAGAUCUGUCUACACUUGUGAGAUAUCCAGACACAAUGCGUGCCUCACUACCUCCGGAGGUCGUCAGGAAGAUCUGAUCAUAAUUAGGUCACUAUGUGUCUUUUGAUCGUCUACACCUGUUUACAAAUGUGGGCACAAUCAGGAUGUGGACACAAUCAGAACAAAGGACGCAUGUACAGGGUUUAGGACACACUGUAGGGCACUCAGUGGCUGCAUUUACAAAGGCAGCCAAAUUCUGAUAUUUAUUCCACUGAUUGGUAUUUUGACCAAUGACAUUAGAUCUUUUCACAUCAGAUCUUUUUAAGAGCUGAUCUGAUUGGUCAAAAGUGCACUAUUAGUGAAAAAAAGAUCAGAAUUGGGCUGCCUGUGUAAACGCAGCCAGUGUUAGAUUGACUGAUGUAAGACAUGAUAAUUUUUCAGCCUGUCUUGCUGUGAGUGAUCUGAGGCCGGAGCUUUGAUGCCGUAGGACAGCGCUGUGUAGAUGUGGGGCCUGGAUCCCCAUCCUUGAUCUUCUGGACCAAUCAAUGGCCUCGUGUACAUUACGCCUUUGGCUUGAUUGAAGAGCUUCCAAAAAAGCAGCGAACUUCUAAUGAUAGUCUAAAAUCUUUUUGAUCAUCUGCAGUGGGCAUUGGAUAUUCUGCUGGUGAGGGCCCAAGGGCCUUCCUGCCUUAAAUUGCUCUAAUGUAUAGGCUUUUCUCUCUCUGCAUGGUUUAACAACUCUGAUGUUUGUAGAUGACCUUCUUCCACUGCUUUUUGCUAAUGCAGCAAUCUACUCAAUGAUCAUUAUCCUGUUCCACAGCAGAAUACCACACACACACACACACGGAAUCCCAACCAUCUCACACCUACACACAGACAGUCCAACACUUGCAUAAACCAACAGUUCAGUACUGCAGUAAAACUCACACUGUGCACCACCAUCACAUAUCCCUAGUCAAGCAUUGCAGGAAAAGCAACCCUGGGAAUUCUGCAGAGUCUAAUAGAUGGGAGGGAAACUUAAUGACCUGUGCCUUUCUAAGGAAAUACAAAACAUGGAAAUAUCCAACCCUAUUCAAUACAAUAAUAUAUUAAACAAUAUAGCUGUAAGCAGCAAUGAACGGGGUUCACAGGAUGACAGAAAGGACACAAGAUCAGUUGGAUAACAAAGCAAGCAUUAUAUCAUGUAGGAACUAUCUUCCUUUAUGUGCAAUCAGUGAAAGCAUUACUAUGGUUAUCUCUCAAUACCACAAGGAUGACACAAGUGAAGUUUAGUUUAGUGCUGUAGUGUGGUUAUCUUUGAAUGCACCAGGUAAUCAUUUUUAAAGUCAUUACUUAAUGUAUUGAGUUUAUAUAUCAAUUCUGGGGUCAAUUUGACUAAUGGUUUAUGUUUCAGAUUUGUGAAAUAUUUUCAAUGUUAUUUUCACUAUAUUUCCCAUCGUUCAUCUGCACAAUUUAAAUCUCACAUUCAUUUGCAUGAGACAAAGUCCACUCGGUCAAUAGUUAUUGCUCUAGUAUCCUAUGCCACUGGUGCCAAUGACAUCUAUAGUGCCACCAACUGGUCUGGUGCAGCCAUCUAAGGUUGCAGUGACUUUAUAUUCACACAGCUUCUAAGGACAUAUACAUAAGGUUUACAUUCCAAAUUUCAUGGCCCCAUGUCCAUAGGUUCAGUUCUUAUAGCCCUGGUGUGAUAUGGUGCCAUGUAGUGGUGUAGCGUGGCCGUCUCUGAAUGCAGCAACUAAUCAUUCUCAAAUUCAUUAGAGGCUAAUUAAUUGAGUCUAUAUAUCACAUUUGGAGUCAAUUUGACUUAUGGUUCAUGAGAUGAAGAUUUUACAAGUAUGUGUAGCAUUAGCAUAUGAGCUAACAUGCAUCUACAGGUACAGUGCAGCCAUAUUUGAAUGCAGCAACUAUUUAUAUAUGGUUCAUGAGAAGAGUUUUGAAGUAUUCUUAGCAUAUUUUAGCAUAUUAGCGUAUGUGCUAAUACGCAUCAACUAGUAUAGUAUGGCCAUCUUUGAAUGCAUCAAUAUUAUUUUCUCAAACUCUUCAGGGACUAUUGUGAUGAGUGCAAAGACCAAAUUUGUAGUGAAUCUGACUUUUAGUCCAUGAGAAGAAGAUUUUUUACAAUUAUUUUAAGCAUUAGCGUUACAUAGUCAAAAAAGUUCAUUGUUAAUAGUUUCCUUAUUUUUUAAAGAUAUCAAUGCCAAACUUAACAUGGUUUGUUACAGUAAUGUCUCUGAUGACCCCUAACGAGGCAUAAUGAACACAUGCGUCAUGUUGAUUAUAGGUAGGUUAGGAGUUAGAAACCAUAUAGUCCUAUGCAGUGGGAGUGUGAACAGACAGCUUGUGUAGUGUUGUGUAGGUGUGGAGACGCAUGCCUGGGCAGGGCCCGCUUCACUGAUGCAGCACACAGCAGGUGUUUGAACAAUCAUGACAAUCACUCAUAGUGACCAGGCUGCACCAAGGGAACUGCUGCAACACAAACUCACUCAGAGCAUCUCUGUGAAGACUUGACAGUGCAGAAAACGGAUUUUCACCAAGUCAAAUGAAUUUAUUGAGCUAGAGGUUUCAUGAUGCUUGUAUCUAAACCAAAGUAGAUAGUUUUUUAAGAUUUUAAGAUUGUUCUAUACAUCAGUUGGGGUCUCUAUAAGCUUCAAUACGAGGUCCUAAACCUAGUGCAUCCUUGUAGCUGUGUGGGCUAAUAUAGUCAAAAUGUUUGCAUUGGGGUAAGUUGAGCCAAUGGUUGAGCCAAUGCCAAGUUCAGCAAAUGUAAGUGUUUUCUUCCUAGGCGUAAUGCAAGGCAUUAUGGCUGGGAUAUGAGGUAACAACAGGGCCUGGCCUAUGUUAAAGGUGUAAAAAAAAGUACAGUGUUUGUUAGGUGUUAAGCCGGUGUUAAAAUAUGCUUUCAAUUAUUAAAUAACAAAGAACCUAUUGUGAUUGUGUUGAAUUGUGUUUGGGAAAUAAAGAUAGACAUGGUAAUAUUUCAUUCAGUACAGAAAUGUGUAGGCAGCAUAACUUACCCUGUCCCGCGGCUCAACCUACCCCAAGAGACCACUUUUUUUGGAAACUGGAUGUUUUCUAAACUGUAAUGUUUCCAUGAAUUCUGAUUAUUUCCCAGGGAUACACAACAUCCUGAAAUAUAUGUAGAUGUCUUUGUUAGAAAUAAUACUAUAUUUCCCUUGACGGAGUGAUGCUGAAUGUUAAAAUGGCUCAACUUACCUCACUAUCCCCUACAGAAGGUUGUCUUGUUCUAUUAUACAUUCAAUACAUUGGCAGGACAAUCAGCUGCCAAAGCUGUAUACAUUCUCACAUUUCAAAGCCCAGAGAUACAGGAGGUAUAAUAAGGGUCUUUGCCAUUGGCUUUUUGGAACAGGACACCAAUUGCUCCUCAUCUAGCAGUGUCUGUCAAAUGCCUUGCUGAGAAGAAACAUCAAUACCCCUCACUUCAUAGAGACUAACCUCCAAGUCCAGUCAAACCAUCAAGGAGACAAACACUUACAGUUGAAGUCGGAAGUUUACAUACAUCUUAGCCAAAUACAUUUAAACUCAGUUUUUCACAAUUCCUGACAUUUAAUCCUAGGAAAAAUUCCCUGUCUUAGGUCAGUUAGGAUCACCACUUUAUUUUAAGAAUGUGAAAUGUCAGAAUAAUAGUAUAGAUAAUUAUUUAUUUCAGCUUUUAUUUCUUUCAUCACAUUCCCAGUGGGUCAGAAGUUUACAUACACUCAAUUAGUAUUUGGUAGCAUUGCCUUUAAAUAGUUUAACUUGGGUCAAACGUUUCGGGUAGCCUUCCACAAGCUUCCCACAAUAAGUUGGGUGAAUUUUGGCCCAUUCCUCCUGACAGAGCUGGUGUAACUGAGUCAGGUUUGUAGGCCUCGUUGCUCGCACACGCAUUUUCAGUUCUGCCUACAAAUGUUCUAUAGGAUUGAGGUCAGGGCUUUGUGAUGGCCACUCCAAUACCUUGACUUUGUUGUCCUUAAGCCAUUUUGCCACAACUUUGGAAGUAUGCUUGGGGUCAUUGUACAUUUGGAAGACCCAUUUGCGAUCAACCAUUAACUUCUUGACAGGGUUGGAUGGCAUACCAGUCGAGGUAUACCAAACCUUUUUUGAUAUACUCAAAGGACCGUUAUUAGCAUGUUUUAACCACUCCUAUGUAAAUGGUAGAUUAUCAGACACUCAAGAAGAAGGUCUGAUUUCAUUAUUACUGAAACAGGAUACAAGUGGAAAAUAUAAAGAUCCAGUCCAUUAAAAAAAUUGGAGGCCCCUUACACUUCAGUGUUCUGAUGCAAAAAUUUGAGCAAAAUGUAUAGCGCAGAGAAUUAAAAAGGUAUUGUCGGUCAUUAUUAAUUCUAAUCAGACAGGUUUUUUACAUGGGCGAUACAUUGGAGAUAAUAUAAGGCAAGUACUGGAAACAAUAGAACACUAUGAAAAAUCUGGGAAACCAGGCCUACUAUUCAUAGCAGACUUCGAAAAGGCAUUUGAUAAAGUAAGACUGGGGUUUAUAUAUAAAUGCCUGGAGCAUUUCAAUUUUGGACAAUCUCUUAUAAAUUGGGUUAAAAUCAUGUAUAGCAACCCUAGGUGUAAAAUAGUAAAUAAUGGCUAUUUCUCAGAAAGUUUUAAACUGUCAAGAGGUGUGAAACAAGGUUGUUCACUAUCGGCAUAUCUAUUUAUUAUUGCUAUCGAGAUGUUAGCUAUUAAAAUCAGAUCCAACAAUAAUAUCAAGGGAUUAGAAAUCCAGGGCUUAAAAACAAAGGUGUCAUUGUACGCUGUUGAUUCAUGUUUUCUUUUAAAUCCACAACUUGAAUCCCUCCACAGCCUCAUAGAGGAUUUAGAUACAUUUUCUAACCUCUCUGGAUUACAACCAAAUUAUGGUAAAUGUACUAUAUUACAUAUUGGAUCACUAAAAAAUAAAAUCUUUACAUUACCAUGUAGUUUACCAAUAAAAUGGUCUGAUGGUGAUGUGGAUAUACUCGGAAUACAUAUCCCAAAUUAAAUAAAUGAUCUCACUCCAAUACAUUUUAAUAGAAAGUUAGCAAAAAUAGAUAAGAUCUUGCUACCAUGGAAAGGUAAAUACCUGUCAAUUUGUGGAAAAAUCACCCUGAUUAACUCUUUAGUAUUAUCCCAGUUUACCUAUUUGCUUAUGGUCUUGCCUACACCUAGCGAACAGUUUUUUUAAUUAUAUGAGAAAAAAAAUAUUCAAUUUUAUUUGGAACGGCAAGCCAGACAAAAUUAAACGGGCCUAUUUAUAUAAUGAAUAUGAAUUCGGAGGACAGAAAUUAUUAAAUAUUAAAGCAUCAGACCUAUCACUAAAAGCUUAAGUCAUACAAAUGUUAUACUUAAAUCCGAACUGGUUCUCUAGCAAAUUAGUAAGAUUGUCUCACCCAAUGUUCAAGAAUGGCCUUUUUCCCUUUAUUCAGAUUACAACCUCUCACUUUAAGUUAUUUGAAAAGGAAAUAAUCUCCCAAAUAUCACUAUUUCUAAAACAAGCCAUAGAAAGUUGGUUGCAAUUUCAAUUUAAUCCUCCAGAAACGAUAGAACAAAUAAUGCAACAAAUAUUGUGGUUAAACUCAAAUAUACUAAAUGAUAACGUUUUUUUUUGACAAAAUUAAAAAAAAAGUAUAAUCUUCGUAAAUGGUAUUAUCGGUAGGACUGGUGGAGUUAUGUCGCACAUGCAGCUAACAAAAACAUAUGGAAAUGUCUGCUCUACCCAAAAUUACAACCAAAUAAUUGCAGCAUUACCGCAAAAACGGAAAAGGAAAGUGGAAGGGGGAAAAAGUAAGGAACUUGUCGGCCUUGCAUUAAAGAAUAUAAUUGGUUAAAGAAAAUUGUGAUAAAUAAAAAAGUAUACCAGUUUAAUUUAAGGACCAAAGGAUUGACAGCCGUCCCAUAUAGAUUGCAAAAUAGUUGGGAAGAGAUUUUUGACGUACCGAUUCCAUGGCAUAGUGUUUAUGAAUUGAUACGCAAAACGACGCCGGAUUCAAAACGUAUAAUUUUUCAAUUUAAAUUAUUUAUAUAAAAUUCUUGCUACCAAUAGAAUGUUAUUUAUAUGGGGGAUACAAUCUUCCCAGCUCUGCAGAUUUUGCUGCGAAGAGACAAAAUCAUUAGAUCAUUUGUUUUGGUACUGUCCAUUUGUAGCUUGUUUUUGGACACAGGUCCAGGAAUGGCUAAAGGAUUGCAAUAUUUACCUGGAACUAACCCUGCAGAUAGCACUACUGGGUGAUCUGAAAAGUCAUAGUCAAUCGAUCAAUAAUAUAAUAGUACUUUUAGCAAAAAUGUUUAUUUUCAAUUCACGAUCUGUAGAAACAAUGAGAAUAGAAAGGUUCAGAACAUUUGUAAAACAUCACAGUACAGUUGAAAAAUACAGUGGGGAAAAAAGUAUUUAGUCAGUCACCAAUUGUGCAAGUUCUCCCACUUAAAAAGAUGAGAGAGGCCUGUAAUUUUCAUAAUAGGUACACGUCAACUAUGACAGACAAAAUGAGAAAAAAAAUCCAGAAAAUCACAUUGUAGGAUUUUUUAUGAAUUUAUUUGCAAAUUAUGGUGGAAAAUUAGUAUUUGGUCAAAAACAAAAGUUUCUCAAUACUUUGUUAUAUACCCUUUGUUGGCAAUGACACAGGUCAAACGUUUUCUGUAAGUCUUCACAAGGUUUUCACACACUGUUGCUGGUAUUUUGGCCCAUUCCUCCAUGCAGAUCUCCUCUAGAGCAGUGAUGUUUUGGAGCUGUCGCUGGGCAACACGGACUUUCAACUCCCUCCAAAGAUUUUCUAUGAGGUUGAGAUCUGGAGACUGGCUAGGCCACUCCAGGACCUUGAAAUGCUUCUUACGAAGCCACUCCUUCGUUGCCCGGGCGUUGUGUUUGGGAUCAUUGUCAUGCUGAAAGACCCAGCCACGUUUCACCUUCAAUGCCCUUGCUGAUGGAAGGAGGUUUUCACUCAAAAUCUCACGAUACAUGGCCCCAUUCAUUCUUUCCUUUACACGGAUCAGUCGUCCUGGUCCCUUUGCAGAAAAACAGCCCCAAAGCAUGAUGUUUCCACCCCCAUGCUUCACAGUAGGUAUGGUGUUCUUUGGAUGCAACUCAGCAUUCUUUGUCCUCCAAACACGACGAGUUGAGUUUUUACCAAAAUGUUCUAUUUUGGUUUCAUCUGACCAUAUGACAUUCUCCCAAUCCUCUUCUGGAUCAUCCAAAUGCACUCUAGCAAACUUCAGACGGGCCUGGACAUGUACUGGCUUAAGCAGGGGGACACGUCUUGCACUGCAGGAUUUGAGUCCCUGGCGGCGUAGUGUGUUACUGAUGGUAGGCUUUGUUACUUUGGUCCCAGCUCUCUGCAGGUCAUUCACUAGGUCCCCCCGUGUGGUUCUGGGAUUUUUGCUCACCGUUCUUGUGAUCAUUUUGACCCCACAGGGUGAGAUCUUGCGUGGAGCCCCAGAUCGAGGGAGAUUAUCAGUGGUCUUGUAUGUCUUCCAUUUCCUAAUAAUGGCUCCCACAGUUGAUUUCUUCAAACCAAGCUGCUUACCUAUUGCAGAUUCAGUCUUCCCAGCCUGGUGCAGGUCUACAAUUUUGUUUCUGGUGUCCUUUGACAGCUCUAUGGUCUUGGCCAUAGUGGAGUUUGGAGUGUGACUGUUUGAGGUUGUGGACAGGUGUCUUUUAUACUGAUAACAAGUUCAAACAGGUGCCAUUAAUACAGGUAACGAGUGGAGGACAGAGGAGCCUCUUAAAGAAGAAGUUACAGGUCUGUGAGAGCCAGAAAUCUUGCUUGUUUGUAGGUGACCAAAUACUUAUUUUCCACCAUCAUUUGCAAAUAAAUUCAUUAAAAAUCCUACAAUGUGAUUUUCUGGAUUUGUUUUUCUCAUUUUGUCUGUCAUAGUUGACGUGUACCUAUGAUGAAAAUUACAGGCCUCUCUCAUCUUAAGUUGGAGAACUUGCACAAUUGGUGGCUGACUAAAUACUUUUUUCCCCCACUGUAUAUAGCAAAUAGAAGUCCAAUAUGGUUGGUGUUAAGAGAUAGAUGGGAGGUGUUGAAUGGAGCUGAAGGAUGGGACUAAUAACAACAACUAAUAACAACAAGAUAACUCAUGUAAAGCAUACUGUGCCCAUAAUACGUAUAUAGGUUAUAGGUUGAGAGCUUUUGUGAAAGAGCACAGUUAGAAAAAUAUGGCAUAUAGAAGCAAACCAGAUGGACGUCAUGAAAAUGAUCGGAGGAAGUUCAGGAGUAAAAACAAACAAAAUAUAAUUAUUGUAGAAUUUGACUGUGUCCAUAAAAUGUAUAUAGUAUGUAUGGGCUGGAAGUAGAGGCCUAAGCGUUGUUGUUCACUAGUUUACUCUAAUUGGGGAAGGGGUGGUGGGGUUGGAAAGUAAUGAAGGGAAAUAUAAUUUAAAAAAGGAUAUGUGUCUGUGUAUGGAUGUAUGUAUAUACAGUGGGGAGAACAAGUAUUUGAUACACUGCCGAUUUUGCAGGUUUUCCUACUUACAAAGCAUGUAGAGGUCUGUAAUUUUUAUCAUAGGUACACUUCAACUGUGAGAGACGGAAUCUAAAACAAAAAUCCAGAAAAUCACAUUGUAUGAUUUUUAAUUAAUUAAUUUGCAAUUUAUUGCAUGACAUAAGUAUUUGAUCACCUACCAACCAGUAAGAAUUCCGGCUCUCACAGACCUGUUAGUUUUUCUUUAAGAAGCCCUCCUGUUCUCCACUCAUUACCUGUAUUAACUGCACCUGUUUGAACUCGUUACCUGUAUAAAAGACACCUGUCCACACACUCAAUCAAACAGACUCCAACCUCUCCACAAUGGCCAAGACCAGAGAGCUGUGUAAGGACAUCAGGGAUAAAAUGUAGACCUGCACAAGGCUGGGAUGGGCUACAGGACAAUAGGCAAGCAGCUUGGUGAGAAGGCAACAACUGUUGGCGCAAUUAUUAGAAAAUGGAAGAAGUUCAAGAUGGCGGUCAAUCACCAUCGGUCUGGGGCUCCAUGCAAGAUCUCACCUCGUGGGGCAUCAAUGAUCAUGAGGAAGGUGAGGGAUCAGCCCAGAACUACACGGCAGGACCUGGUCAAUGACCUGAAGAGAGCUGGGACCACAGUCUCAAAGAAAACCAUUAGUAACACACUACGCCGUCAUGGAUUAAAAUCCUGCAGCGCACGCAAGGUCCCCCUGCUCAAGCCAGCGCAUGUCCAAGCCCGUCUGAAGUUUGCAAAUGACCAUCUGGAUGAUCCAGAGGAGGAAUGGGAGAAGGUCAUGUGGUCUGAUGAGACAAAAAUAUAGCUUUUUGGUCUAAACUCCACUCGUCGUGUUUGGAGGAAGAAGAAGGAUGAGUACAACCCCAAGAACACCAUCCCAACCGUGAAUAAUGGAGGUGGAAACAUCAUUCUUUGGGGAUGCUUUUUGCAAAGGGGACAGGACGACUGCACCGUAUUGAGGGGAGGAUGGAUGGGGCCAUGUAUCGCGAGAUCUUGGCCAAUAACCUCCUUCCCUCAGUAAGAGCAUUGAAGAUGGGUCGUGGCUGGGUCUUCCAGCAUGACAACGACCUGAAACACACAGCCAGGGCAACUAAGGAGUGGCUCCGUAAGAAGCAUCUCAAGGUCCUGGAGUGGCCUAGCCAGUCUCCAGACCUGCACCCAAUAGAACAUCUUUGGAGGGAGCUGAAAGUCCGUAUUGCCCAGCGACAGCCCCGAAACCUGAAGGAUCUGGAGAAGGUCUGUAUGGAGGAGUGGGCCAAAAUCCCUGCUGCAGUGUGUGCAAACCUGGUCAAGACCUACAGGAAACGUAUGAUCUCUGUAAUUGCAAACAAAGGUUUCUGUACCAAAUAUUAAGUUCUGCUUUUCUGAUGUAUCAAAUACUUAUGUCAUGCAAUAAAAUGCAAAUUAAUUACUUAAAAAUCAUACAAUGUUAUUUUCUGUAGAUUCCGUCUCUCACAGUUGAAGUGUACCUAUGAUAAAAAUUACAGACCUCUACAUGCUUUGUAAGUAGGAAAACCUGCAAAAUCGGCAGUGUUUCAAAUACUUGUUCUCCCCACUGUAUAUAUAUAUAUAUAUAUAUAUAUAUAUAUAUAUAUACGUGUAGCUCAGUUGAUAGAGCAUGGUGUUUGCAACGCCAGGGUUGUGGGUUCGAUUCCCACGGGGGGCCAGUAUGAAAAAUGUAUGCACUCACUAACUGUAAGUCUCUCUGGAUAAGAGCAUCUGCUAAAUGUAAAAUGUAAAUGUAAUGUGUAUGUAUGUAUAUAUAUAUUUGCGAGAUAAAAAACAUAUGGGGGAUUGGAAGUGAUGCAGACAAUUACAAUCUAUCUGAAAUAUUAAAGCUGAUCUACCCCCUAAAAAUAAAAAAAAUAAAACUUCUUGACUGAUGUCUUGAGAUGUUGCUUCAAUAUAUCCACAUAAUUUUCCUUCCUCAUGAUGCCAUCUAUUUUGUGAAGUGCACCAGUCCCUCUUGCAGGAAAGCACCCCCACAGCGUGAUGCUGCCACCCCCAUGCUUCACAGUUGGGAUGGUGUUCUUCGGCUUGCAAGCAACCCCCUUUUUCCUCCAAACAUAACGAUGGUCAUUAUGGCCAAACAGUUAUAUUUUUGUUUCAUCAGACCAGAGGACAUUUCUCCAAAAAGUACGAUCUUUGUCCCCAUGUGCAGUUACAAACCGUAGUCUGGUUUUUUUAUGGCGGUUUUGGAGCAGUGGCUUCUUCCUUGCUGAGCGGUCUUUCAGGUUAUGUCGAUAUAGGACUUGUUUUACUGUGGAUAUAGAUACUUUUGUACCUGUUUCCUCCAGCAUCUUCACAAGGUCAUUUGCUGUUGUUCUGCGAUUGAUUUGCACUUUUCGCACCAAAGUACGUUCAUCUCUAGGAGACAGAACUCGUCUCCUUCCUGAGCGGUAUGACGGCUGCGUGGUCCCAUGGUGUUUAUACUUGCGUACUAUUGUUUGUACAGAUAAACGUGGUACCUUCAGGCGUUUGGAAAUUGCUCCCAAGGAUGAACCAAACUUGUGGAGGUCUACAAUUUUUUUCGGAGGUCUUGGAUUUUCCUAUAAUGUCAAGCAAAGAGGCACUGAGUUUGAAGGUAGGCCUUGAAAUACAUCCACAGGUACACCUCCAAUUGACUCAAAUUAUGUCAAUUAGCCUAUCAGAAGCUUCUAAAGCCAUGACAUCCUUUUCUGGAAUUUUCCAAGCUGCUUAAAGGUAAUGUAAACUUCUGACCCACUGGAAUUGUGAUACAGUGAAUUAUAAGUGAAAUAAUCGGUCUGUAAACAAUUGUUGGAAAAAUUACUUGUGUCAUGCACAAGGUAGAUGUCCUAACUGACUUGCCAAAACUAUAGUUUGUUAACAAGAAAUGUGUGGAGUGGUUGAAUAACGAGUUUUAAUGACUCCAACCUAAGUGUAUGUAAACUUCCGACUUCAACUGUACAUGAGAAAACGAAUGUGUGUGUAUUGUAUGUAUGGCUGUGUGUCUGCGUGUGUAUUGUGUGUUUGCUUGUGUUAUUCCCUGCAUACACUUGUGUACUGUAAGAGCGGGAGUGUGUGACAAUGUGCAUGUACAUGGCAUGCAUUUCACCUCUGAAAUACCAAAGGCAUAAAGAUCUCUUUUAUUUUAUUUUCAAACACAAUGAGAGGCAGUGUAGCGUACACACUCACAGCUGCUCCAAACGGCCAGACGCACAUGCCAUCUUGCACAAACAAGGGAUACACAUGGAAUAUACACACACACACUUACACACACUUACACACACAUUCAAGUACACACACAUACACAUACAUAUGCAAACACACAUACACACACAAACAUGCGCUUACGCAAACACACACACACGCACAAGGCCCAGGUGGUGUGAGAACAGUCCUACAGCAGCAUGCUGCUCUAUUUAAUCUGUACCACAGUAACACAUGUUAUACCCUGUCUGCCUCUGCUCUGCUGCACGGCUAGGAAUCUGUUCCAUCACCUCUGCCUCUCUUUCCGUCUGCUUCAGCAUGUCUUUCUAAUUUUACAUCUGCCUGUCUCUUACCUUUAUCUAGGUUUAUGUCACUUCUCACCCCCUCACACACAAUUAUUGUUUCUCUUACUCCUUCGACCCUGAUGAUCCUGCCAUCUCUUGCUCUCUCUUCUCUCUCUCUGAGCCUCCGCUCUGACUGGUUCAGUAGGUGGUUGCUGUGGUAACCAACCAUGAAGAGUGGGUGUGGGGCUAAUUUUAAAGACACACCGGGAUCUCCUUUGACACUGCGCUAUUAAAAAACUAGAAGAGAAAGAACAGGAGAGAUGGAGGGGGAGGGAGGGACAGAGAGAGAGAGAGAGGGGGAAAAAGACAGCACAUGUGUUCAGCAAUGCUACAGUUAAUUGAACAGCCACUGGUAGCUGCCUAUGGCACGUAAAUGGAGUCUAUCUAAGCUGCUUAGCUACAGUGGACAUGGAAGUCUGCAUCUUCUGAGGAACUCUACAGGCUAGUGGUCCAAAUAAAGUGCACACACUCAAUCAAUGUCCCAUUGAACACUUCCCCAUCAGUCAAACCAAUAUUGUGUGCUAAAUAAUCAAUACACAGAAAGGGAGGGAGAAAAAGCAGGAGGGGCGGAGCAUUGCUCCAGGGCAGCACUAGCAGUGAAUUUUAUACAUAGCUGAUGUCAUUUGGUUUACAUAUCCACUGAUGCCAGUGGUGCAUAUUGCAGUACAUAAACAAUUUUUAGGUGAGGAAGCAUUGAUAAAGUACAGUAGCCUACAAUAUAAUGGUGUUUAGAUCUUGUGUGUCUGUGUGUGGAUGUAGUAGUUCUGGGUAGAUUGAGGGGGUGUGGGAUUAGGCUCUCAGCUCAUGUCUCCAAAGGCAGAGCUGAGAGGGAGAGAGCUCAUCUCUUAUCUGUCUAAUGUUUGAAAAAUGAAUGGAAAUGCUGGCUGGAUAGGCGAUGGGGGGGGGGGGGGGGGGGGUACGCUCAGCCAGCAACAUAAUGGAUAUUCAUGCAGGGACCCACAUGUUCAUUAUUCACAGCAAUGACUGAGACUCUCCUUCUCUCUAUCCACUCACACACAGCAACACACACAUAAACACAUGCAUACGUGCAAACAAACACACACACAUUUGUAUGUGUAACUCUGAAUAGUUUUUCUGUGACUGUUUGUUCUCAUUCAGCUAAGGAGUGUUGAUGCGUGUGAAAUCCCCUCUAUUUCCUCUUCCACCUGAACCGUAUCAGGCAUAACCACUGGGCACACACUGGUUGAAUCAACAUUGUUUCAACGUAAUUUGUCAACGUAUUGUGAAAUGGAAUCAACGUGGAAAAUACAUUGGAUUUGAAAAAAGUCAUCAACCAGUACUGUUUUCAUCUAAAGUUGUAAACAUUGAAAUUAGGGUAAAACUUCAACUUAAAUACAUUCACUUAAUCUGGUGUGUUGGGUCAUUGUCCUGUUGAAAAACAAAUGAUAGUCGAAUUAAGCCCAAACCAGAUGGGAUGGCGUAUCGCUGCAGAAUGCUGUGGUAGCCAUGCUGGUUAAGUGUGCCUUGAAUUCUAAAUAAAUCACAGACGGUGUCACCAACAAAGCACCCCCACACCAUAACACCUCCUCCUCCAUGCUUUAUGGUGGGAACUACACAUGUGGAGAUAAUCCGUUCAACGUCAACAGUGAAGAGGCGACUCCGGCCUGCUAGGCAAAGUUGCAAAGAAAAAGCCAUAUCUCAGACUGCCCAUCUUAAUCUUUUCUUUUUAUUGGCCAGUCUGAGAUGUGGCUUUUUCUUUGCGACUCUGCCUAGAAGGUCAGCAUCCUGGAGUCUCCUCUUCACUGUUGACGUUGAGACGGGUGUUUUGCGGGUACUAUUUAAUGAAGCUGCCAGUUGAGGACCUGUGAGGCGUCUGUUUCUCAAACUAGACACUCUAAUGUAUUUGUCCUCUUGCUCAGUUGUGCACCGGGGCCUCCCACUCCUCUUUCUAUUCUGGUUAGAGCCAGUUUGCGCUGUUCUGUGAAGGGAGUAGUACACAGCAUUGUACGAGAUCUUCCGUUUCUUGGCAAUUUCUCGCAUGGAAUAGCCUUCAUUUCUCAGAACAAGAAUAGACUGACGAGUUUCAGAAGAAAGUUAUUUGUUUAUGGCCAUUUUGAGCCUGUAAUCGAACCCACAAUUGCUGAUGCUCCAGAUACUCAACUAGUCUCAAGAAGGCCAGUUUUAUUGCUUCUUUAAUCAGCACAACAGUUUUCAGCUGUGUUAACAUAAUUGCAAAAGGGUUUUCUAAUGAUCAAUUCGCCUUUUAAAAUGAUAAACUUGGAUUAGCAAACACAACGUGCCAUUGGAACACAGGACUGAUGGUUGCUGAUAAUGGGCCUCUGUACGCCUAUGUAGAUAUUCCAUUAAAAUCAGCUGUUUCCAGCUACAAUAGCCAUUUACAACAUUAACAAUGUCUACACUGUAUUUCUGAUCAAUUUAAUGUUAUUUUAAUGGACAAACAAUUGAUUUUCUUUUGAAAACAAGGACAUUUCUAAAAUAUAUAUUUUCCUUUAUUACUUUCUAACCCUGCCACCCCUCCCCUAAUUUACAUUUACAUGUACGUAAUUUAGCAGAUACUCUUAUCCAGAGCGACUUACAAAUUGGUGCAUUCACCAUAUAGCCAGUGGGAUAACCACUUUACAAUAUUUUCUUUUUUUUUCUUCUUUUUUUUUUGGGGGGGGGGGGUAGAAGGAUUACUUUAUCCUAUCCCAGGUAUUCCUUAAAGAGGUGGGGUACACUAAUUGGAGUAAACUAGUGAACAACAACGCUUAGGUCUCUACUUCCAGCUUAUACAGUGGGGAAAAAAAGAAUUUAGUCAGCCACCAAUUGUGCAAGUUCUCCCACUUAAAAAGUUGAGAGAGGCCUGUAAUUUUCAUCAUAGGUACACGUCAACUAUGACAGACAAAUUGAGAAUUUUUUUUCCAGAAAAUCACAUUGUAGGAUUUUUUAUGAAUUGAUUUGCAAAUUAUGGUGGAAAAUAAGUGGGGUCAUAGGAAUGCUGCCUAUGACCCCAAGAACACCAUCCGCACUGUCAAACAUGGAGGUGGAAACAUGGAGGUGGAAACAUUAUGCUUUGGGGGUGUUUUUCUGCUAAGGGGACAGGACAACUUCACCGCAUCAAAGGGACGAUGGACGGGGCCAUGUACCGUCAAAUCUUGGGUGAGAACCUCCUUCCCUCAGCCUAACUAAGUCAUGUUUUGCAGAGGGGUCAAAUACUUAUUUUCCUCAUUAAAAUGCAAAUCAAUUUAUAACAUUUUUGACAUGCGUUUUUCUGGAUUUUUUUGUUGUUAUUCUGUUCAAAUAAACCUACCAUUAAAAUUAUAGACUGAUCAUGUCUUUGUCAGUGGGCAAACGUACAAAAUCAGCAGGGAACAAAUACUUUUUUCCCUCACUGUAGGAGUGGUUAAAACAUGCUACAGUGGCUUGCGAAAGUAUUCACCCCCCUUGGCAUUUUUCCUAUUUUGUUGCCUUACAACCUGGAAUUAAAAUGCAUUUUUUUAGGGGUUUGUAUCAUUUGAUUUACACAACAUGCCUACCACUUUGAAGAUGCAAAAUAUUUUUUAUUAUGAAACAAACAAGAAAUAAGACAAAAAAACAGAACUUGAACGUGCAUAACUAUUCACCCCCCCAAAAUCAAUACUUUGUAGAGCCACCUUUUGCAGCAAUUACAGCUGCAAGUCUCUUGGGGUAUGUCUCUAUAAGCUUGGCACAUCUAGCCACUGGGAUUUUUGCCCAUUUUUCAAGGCAAAACUGCUCCAGCAAUCUUUAAGUCAUACCACAGAUUCUCAAUUGGAUUGAGGUCUGGGCUUUGACUAGGCCAUUCCAAGAUAUUUAAAUGUUUCCCCUUAAACCACUCGAGUGUUGCUUUAGCAGUAUACUUAGGGUCAUUGUCCUGCUGGAAGGUGUACCUCUGUCCCAGUCUCAAAUCUCUGGAAGACUGAAACAGGUUUCCCUCAAGAAUUUCCCUGUAUUUAGUGCCAUCCAUCAUUCCUUCAAUUGUGACCAGUUUCCCAGUCCCUGCCGAUUAAAAACAUCCCCACAGCAUGAUGCUGCCACCACCAUGCUUCAUUGUGGGGAUGGUGUUCUCGGGGUGAUGAGAGGUGUUGGGUUUGCGCCAGACUUAGCGUUUUCCUUGAUGGCCAAAAAGCUCAAUUUUAGUCUCAUCUGAUCAGAGUACCUUCUUCCAUAUGUUUGGGGAGUCUCCCACAUGGCUUUUGGCGAACACCAAACGUGUUUGCUUAUUUUUUUCUUCAAGCAAUGGCUUUUUGCUGGCCACUCUUCCGUAAAGCCCAGCUCUGUGGAGUGUACGGCUUAAAGUGGUCCUAUGGACAGAUACUCCAAUCUCCGCUGUUGAGCUUUGCAGCUCCUUACAUUUUACAUUUUAGUCAUUUAGCAGACGCUCUCAUCCAGAGCAACUUACAGUUAGUAAGUGCAUACAUUUUCAUACUGGCCCCCCGUGGGAAACAAACCCACAACCCUGGCGUUGCACGCGCCAUGCUCUACCAACUGAGCUACAGGAUUAUCUUUGAUCUCUUUGUUGCCUCUCUGAUUAAUGCCCUCCUUGCCUGGUCCGUGAGUUUUGGUGGGCGGCCCUCUCUUGGCAGGUUUGUUGUGGUGCCAUAUUCUUUCCAUUUUUUUGUAAUGGAUUUAAUGGUGCUCCGUGGGAUGUUGGAUUUUUUUAGAACCCAACCCUGAUCUGUACUUCUCCACAACCUUGUCCCUGACCUGUUUGGAGAGCUCCUUGGUCUUCAUGGUGCUGCUUGCUUGGUGGUGCCCCUUGCUUAGUGGUGUUGCAGACUCUCCUUUCAGAACAGAGAUCAUGUGACACUUAGAUUGCACACAGGUGGACUUUAUUUAACUAAUUGUGUGACUUCUGAAGGUAAUUGGUUGCACCAGAUCUUUCUUAGGGGCUUCGUAGCAAAGGGGGUGAAUACAUAUGCACACACCACUUUUCCGUUAAUUAUUUUUUAGAAUUCUUUGAAACAAGUUAUUUUUUUCAUUUCACUCCACCAAUUUGGACUAUUCUGUGUAUGUCCAAAACAUGAAAUCCAAAUAAAAAUCCAUUUAAAUUACAGGUUGUAAUGCAACAAAAUAGGAAAAACGCCAAGGGGGAUGAAUACUUUUGCAAGGCACUGUAUAAACGGCCCACUGUGUAUAUCAAAAAAGGUUUGGUAUACCUCAACUGGUAUUAAAUUAUGUUGAAUUUUAGAUUUGAUUAGAAAUAUUUUAUUUUCCUUUUUCAAAUGUUGGUAGUAAAAUGGUAUGUUUAAAUCAACAUCAUUGUUUCAAAGUCAUGCUAUCAACCUAAAUAAAGAGGUAUAUUUAAAUAAAAUGUGAAGGCACAAUCCAAUGAUUUCUGUCUGAACAGUGACUCAUACUGAUAUAUCAGGGGUAAUGCACUUCAGUGAGAACAUCCAGAUGCCUACCUCUAUGUACCCUGCCUUACUUUGGAAACAACUGUGCUAAUUUCCGCUGUGCUAUCAACACAUUUAGACCUUGAUCAGCUUCCAUACUGAUGACUUUUUUUAAAUCCAAUGUAUUGUCCACAUUGAUUACACGUCACAAUAUGUUGACGAAUUACAUUGAAACAGCGUUGAUUCAAGCAGUGUGUGCACAGUCAGUAGUGUGUUCACGUGAGCAUGCUAUUUAGAGCGCAACAACUCCACCCCUUCAUACACACUGCAGCAGCUGAGGGAUUCAUCCACACGUAAGCACACACACACACACACACGCACACACACACACAUACACACACACACACACACACACACACACACACACAGACUACUACACACAUCUGAUAAAACUUGUUCUUGGUGUGAGAGCUGCUUUUGUCUCUAUUGAUUUGCUGAGGUACAUAAUCACAGCCUUUAUUGGCUUAAGACAAAUGAUGUUACUCUAACUCACGCAUGACAAAAGCCAAAGCCAACAUGCGAACACAGUGCCGAGGCAAUUUUAAUGAAUUAUAAUAGACCAGUAACAUCAUACAGUAUACUGUCAAUAUCACAGUACUUACAAUGAUUCUUUGUUCUGCUCUGUGACACAUUUCUUACAGGGACAUUUUACACUCCUGUUAACACACAACUGAAAUUAUGUCUUCUUCUUCUUCCCCCCUUCCUUCCCCCCUCUUUCUUUCUCUCCAGGAUCCUGCUGACAGUAGUAGUGAUCUUCCGUAUUUUGAUAGUAGGUAUAGUGGGUGAAAAGGUCUAUGAGGACGAGCAGAUAAUGUUCAUCUGCAACACUAUGCAGCCGGGUUGCAACCAGGCCUGCUACGACAAGGCCUUCCCUAUAUCCCACAUCCGAUUCUGGGUCUUCCAGAUCAUCUUGGUUUGCACGCCCAGCCUGUGCUUCAUCACCUACUCCGUACACCAGUCCGCCAAGCAGCGUGACCGCAGUUACUCCAUCCUGCACCCCUAUAUAGACCACGGUCACGCAAGUCACCACAGUCGUGGAGGCGAUCACCACGCCCGCAAGCUGCGCAACAUCAAUGGCAUCCUGGUGCAGAACCCCGACAGUGGCAAGGAGGAGCAGGAUCUGGAGGUCAAGGAGAUCCCCAAUGUGUCCCGAGGGCUCACACAGGCCAAGAGUGCCAAGGUGCGGCGGCAGGAGGGCAUCUCCCGCUUCUACGUCAUCCAGGUGGUGUUCCGUAACGUGCUGGAGAUCGGCUUCCUAGCCGGCCAGUACUUCCUGUAUGGCUUCAACGUACCAGGGAUGUUUGAGUGUGAUCGCUACCCCUGUGUGAAGGAGGUGGAGUGCUACGUGUCACGCCCCACAGAGAAGACGGUGUUCCUGAUCUUCAUGUUUGCGGUGAGCGGCAUCUGUGUGCUGCUCAACCUGGCCGAGCUCAACCACCUGGGCUGGAGGAAGAUCAAGACGGCCGUCAGGGGUGUUCAGGCCCGCAGAAAGUCCAUCUGUGAGGUGCGUAAGAAGGACGUGCCGCAUCUGUCCCAGGCCCCCAACCUGGGCAGGACUCAGUCCAGUGAGUCAGCCUACGUCUGA